CUCAGCCCCUCCCGUGGGGCAGUCGGAAUGUGGGAGGGGGUGGUCACCGGGGGUUCCACCCCCAUCCACGCCCCCGGGCUGGCCUGGGAGCCCGCGGAGGCUGACUAGCAGUGCCCGUGAGCCCUCCCCCUCGGAGCCCGCCAGCUCUGGGGAGGAGGGGAGGGUUUAUUCGGCGGCGGCGCGGGCGGCGCGGGCACCUUUCGGGAGGGGAGGCCGGUGGAGUCUGCGGGGACAGGAGCGCAUCCCGCUGCCGCGUCCCUCGCGCAGUAGUCCCGCUCAUCCUGCACAGACAUGCACUGGUGGCAGCCAGGCGUCCCCCGGGGCUGCGCCCCGGCGUCUGGGCUCUAAGUGCAUUCGGGCGCCUGGGCUCACAGCGCUGAGCCGCCGCCGCUGCCGCCGCCGCCGGGGUCUGGAGCCGCUCGCCAACAUGCGCUGGGCCUGGGCCGCCACCGUGGCCCUCCUCUGGCCGCAGCUCAUGCUCCUCGGGGGCGUCGAGGCCCGGUGGGAGCCCAAGAGGCCACGGCAGCCUGGCCAGCGCCUCGCGUUCCUCAACGCCACCAUGUCCAGCAGUGAGGGGCUGCCGGGCUUCCCCAAGCUGCCUGAGGCCUCGGGCCCUGAGUUCACAGAUGCCCACAUGACAUGGCUGAACUUUGUCCGGCGUCCUGACGACGGGGCCUCGAAGAAGCGGUGCCGAGGCCAGGACAAGAAGUUGCGAGGCCCCUCUGGCCCCCCAGGGCCUCCUGGGCCCCCCGGACCCCCAGGACCCCCCGGGUCAGAGGUCAACCAGGAGGCUGUGCUGCGGGAGUUUCAGAAGAUGCUGAAAGAGGCCACCGAGCGUCGGUCCUUGGGGCUGCUGGACCCCGUGCUGCCCGAGGGGAUGGGCAGGCGGCUGGUGGCCGAGGCCUUCCACUGCCGGCUGAGAGGCCCGGUGCUGGUGGACAAGAAGACGCUGGCGGAGCUGCAGGGCUUCCAGGCUCCCACCGCCCAGGGCGCCUUCCUGCGGGGGUCUGGCCUGAGCCUGGCCUCCGGACGGUUCACGGCCCCGGUCACGGCCAUCUUCCAGUUCUCUGCCAGCCUGCACGUGGACCCCAAGGAACUGCAGGGCAGGGCUCGGCUGCGGGCCCGGGACACUGUGCGAGUGCUGGUCUGCAUCGAGUCCCUGUGUCAUCGCCACACGUCCCUGGAGGCCAUCUCCGGCCUGGAGAGCAGUGGCAGGGUCUUCACGGUGCAGGUGCAGGGGCUGCUGCAGCUGCAGGCUGGACAGUAUACCUCCGUCUUCGUGGACAACGGCUCCGGGGCGGCCCUCACCAUCCAGAGCAGUUCCAGCUUCUCCGGCCUGCUCCUGGGAACGUGAGGGGACGGACAGGCCCGGGAGAGCCGCCUGCCCCACCCCACCCUCUGGGAAACCCGUGGUCAUGGCAAUAAAGAGCCCCUGCCCCCAUC